AUGACCCACCAAUCCUUGACCCCCACUCACCACCACUCACCACCACCCACCACCACUCACAACCACUCACCCGUGUAUGCCCACCCACCACUCAUCACCACUCACCACCACUCACCACCACCCACCACCACUCACCCGUCCAUGCCCGGCAUCUGCAGCUCCCCAGCCGCUAUCUCCUUGCCGCUACUCUCACCCAUCUCACCAGCCCCCCGAGCACCUGCUCUAACUAACCCGCCAAGCGCCUCCUCUCCUCGGGAGGUGGUGGAGACAAGGUCAGCAGCAAUCAACUCAAGUGCCUCCUCCCCUCGGGAAGCAGUGGUGACUCAGGCGCCCCAGCGGGCGAGGGAGCGGCGGGCCACGAGGAGGUUGACGGGCGUGUCGUCCACCACCAGCACUCGCAGCCCGCCCACCCACGCCCGCGUCACCACCUCAUCCGCCGCCGCUCGUAGUCCCGUGGUUGUGGCGGUGAUUUCGGCUACAGAGACGGAUCGACGAGACCUGUCUCUUGCUCUCCCGCGUGCUGCUCUUUGA